AAACAAGGGAACAGUUAGCUCUUCUUCCUCGGGAUAUGACCGCAAAGCUCGGUCAACUCAGCACCUCUCCGAUUCCAAUCUCCGUCACACGCCCUGCUAUUUAAUGCCAGCCAGCCAUCCCCCUUGCAACUCGUCCCUCGCUCAUCUCCUUCCUACCCCUCUCGUUCUACGAGUCUCCCAACACAUAUCUCGAGAGGGGGAAAUAAUAAGCCAAAGCCAAAGCCAUGGCCAAGCUCUGGCUUCUCCCUGUCGUCGCUGCUCUCUGCUUGGCCCUUGCCGGCGUCGCCCUCGCCGCCCCAAAGUUCGUCAUCCAAGGCCGCGUUUACUGUGACACAUGCCGUGCCGGCUUCGAGACCGUCGUCAGCCAGUACAUCCCAGGUGCCAAGGUCAAGCUGCAAUGCAGGCACUACGAGACCGACUCGAUCGAGCACACGGCGGAGGGCGUGACAGACGGCACCGGUACGUACAACAUCGAGGUGGAGGACAACCACGAGGAGGAGAUCUGCGAGGUGUCGCUGGUGCAGAGCCCGGUGCCCGGCUGCUCCGAGGUGUCGGGGACCCGCAACCGUGCUCGCGUGCUGGUGACCGGCAGGAACGGCUUGGCUUCCGACGUUCGCUACGCCAACUCCCUUGGCUUCCUCAAGGAUGAGCCGCUGAAGGAGUGCGGUCUGCUGCUGCAGCAGUAUGCUCUCGGCGUCGAUGACUGAGCGAGAGGAGAACGAGCUUAAUACUAAUCAAUCAUACAUCACCCAGCUUUCGAUAAAAGCCAUUUGGUGUGAGAUGAUGAUAUGAGAGACAUGUGAAGCCAAAGAGGUUUUGGAUCCAAAAUAUAAUGCUUGGUGAUCUAUUCUGCUA